GGGACACUCUGUAGAAUACAGUGGCGUAACUAACAGUUCGAUGAGCCAUGAUACAUACGUGAAGUAACAAAUAAUUAUUUUAAAAAGCUUAAUUGGGUUAAAUUUAUACUCAACCACUAUUGUGUAUAACUUCGCAUAACUGGGUAUAAUAUAUCCUUCCAUCUGGAACCCGAAAAUAAUCAGCUAGUUCAGCAACUUCUUGUUCCGAUAAACCAAUUGUGGCUCUUAAUUGUCCAUUUAUGACAGAAAUAAAUUGUGAUUCUAAAAAAUAUUUUUAUUAUCUAAAUUUAUGUCUAUAAUGUUACUUUAUUUAAAAGUUGUUUCAAUUACUGAACGAAAUAUUUACUUUCCUAUUACUCCUAAUAUAUAGGCAACUAAUAAUACAUAACAUAAGUUUAUGAAUUCUGAAUUUUAAAUAAUGAAUACAGUCAAUUUUCUAAUGUUCUCAUAAAAAGAUUUUUUAUCAAAAAUUUUCAUUAUCAUCCAGCCCAUUUAUUUCAAAUUAUUGAAAUAGUAAAUUAAUGUAAAGUUUAUAAGAGAGAGUGGUGUAAUGUUGAUUGCCUACAUUACAAAUCAUAUAAAAGAACUCUUUAGCUGAAACUAAUCGUUUUUAUAUGACAUUAAGGGUACAUUCCACUAAGCGUUAACGGAGUCUGAAAUACACUUUUGGACGUACGCGAAAACGUCAUUACUAACGUUCCCAACCUUGUCAAGAGGUUGCUGAAAGUGAGCUUUGAAAUAAUUAGCGGUAUUUUCAAAACUCCAGCAAAGCCAAUUGUAACCAUAUCAUUAUUUAAUGUAGUUUGGGAUAUUAUAAGUACGUUUGAAGCAUUCUUGUGACGCACCACCAAAUAUUUUACUAUCGCCACAUUUACUUUAAUGUAAAUCAGUUAGGCACUCCACUAAAAAAUUUAAUAACAAAUUAUAACAUAUCCUCUAAAAGCUUUCGCUUUAUUUUUUCUAUUUUGCCAUUUGUUGUUAUUUAUCUUAACGCUCAAAACGCUUCGUAAGCCAUUCCACUUCGAUUUACGAUUAUAACUCUCUGGACUAAGUGGAGCGGGAAAUAUCGUGGUCUUGAAUAUAUUUGUCGAGAGUGCUUAGUGGAAUACACAAUAAAUAAAAAUUUAAUCAGUUUUUUUGUACCUGAAAUCAAAUUGUUUUUGUGAGGGUCUAGUGGUUGAAAAUAUUCGAAUAAAUUUAUGCCCAUACGAAAAACUGCAGCUCUUAUUUUGUUGCAAGUACGCCAUACGUCCCCUAAUUUAAUUUCCUAAAAAUAUCAUAUUAAAUUUCACAGAAAAGAAGUUAAUACUCCUUACCCUGGUAUGAGGCAUUUUGAUACAAUAUUGAAAAAAAUUUAACAAAAUAAAUUACCCUCCUCCAACUAAAAAUUCAUAAUCUGACAAUUUAUGUACCUCCGCAAUGAAAUGUGUCAAAAAAAAGGGGAAGCUAUAGGGAAAAUCUAAUCCAAUCUACAAUAUAAACUAAUCCUUCAAUAAAUGUUUAUUUCAUCUAAAAAAAUUUUCAUUUUCAAAGGAUUAAUACUUUUUGAACACUCCACGACAUCUAUUGGAUGAUAAUAAUAGCUUUUCCAGAUCACUGUUCGUUUUAAAUUUAUAGUAUAAAAUUCGGUACGUGUACGUAUUACUUGUCUGAUCCUUAAUUGAAUAUAAAAAAUUCUAGAGAAAUAGUAGAAUUUGACAACGGUAAAUAAUUUAGCCUGUGUAUAUAAGUAAUUAAAAACAAAUAAAGUAUAUUCCAAUUAACAUAUCAAGUGAAAUACAAUAAACUUACUUGACCUUGGACUUUAGCAUAGUCGGGUCAACGAAACUUGAAAUUUCCUUAAUUGUUUAAGGGAAUCUUAUAAUUUCAGAUUAUAUGAAUUUAUUAAAGAUAUUCUCCUUAAUUUAAAAAUAAUCAGCUAAUUAUUUUUAAUUAAUGUUACAAAGCGCAAUUUCUUUAUAAAGCAGAGUCUAUUAAAAGUAUCUUCAAUAAUAUCAUAGUUUUACUAAAAUUUUAAUAUUUUAAACAGAUCCAUCAUAAGUUUUUCAUAAAUAAUUUGUUUUCCACAGAUUGACUGUUUUCUUCCAAAAAUGGUUGAUUUCUUUCAUCUUAGUAUUAAUAAGUAAAGUAAAAUUAUCAAGAAUCAAGAUUAUAAAUAUAUUAUGUACUAAAUCCAAAAAUCUUUAUUUCGAUGCGCCACUGUUUAGAUAACAGAUCAAUGAUCUUCUUCGUCGGUAAAAAAGAUAUUCACAUUAUCAAAAUCUACGAACAACGCUAAGACUAAAAGCCAUAUUUCUAUCUCAUUUUAUAACAUAUAUUAAUAAGUUGCCAACGUCACGCCGUUUUGUAUUUACUCUUUGGGAGAAGCCAUUUAUGGUAUUAUGCGCAUUAAAAAGUGGAUCGGCUUGGAAACAGCGUGCUUCGAUUGGCUACAUUUACCGGUUAUGACGUGGAGGGGAGUAGCAUAACGAUUUUCUACGCGUAUUUGCUUGCCGGCGUCGGCCUUCCGUUCUCUUCUCUUCUUGUCAUAGUGAAGGUAGGACGUGGUGUGUUCAUUACUUGUAGUUUAAAUAGAGUUAAGUUAUUUAUAUUAGAUUUCUAAAUAUCUGUUGAAAAACAGGCAGUUCCGAUGGAGAACGGUGAAGAUUUUUCUAAAGAUGUGUCUGCUGAAGCUCAGCAAAACGGUUCAGGAGAUGCACAACCAACUGACAGUGGAAGUGCAGAUACGCCCGGUCGAGAUGACGAUAGAAAAUUGUUUGUUGGUGGCAUGAGUUGGGAAACUACAGAUAAGGAACUACGUGAACAUUUUGGUCAAUAUGGUGAAAUAGACAGUAUAAAUGUUAAAACAGACCCGAAUACAGGCAGAUCAAGAGGUUUUGCAUUUAUUGUAUUUACCACAACAGAAGCCAUUGACAAAGUAGUAGCUGCAGGCGAUCAUAUAAUUAAUGGAAAAAAAGUAGAUCCUAAGAAAGCCAAAGCGAGACACGGUAAAAUAUUUGUAGGAGGUUUAACGAACGAACUCACUGAUGAUGACAUUAAAAACUAUUUUGCACAGUUUGGAUCGAUAAUUGAAGUAGAAAUGCCAUUUGACAAACAGAAGAACCAAAGGAAAGGAUUCUGUUUUAUUACGUUUGAAUCUGAACAGGUUGUGAAUGAACUCUUGAAAUCUCCAAAACAGACCAUUAAAGACAAAGAGGUUGAUGUUAAAAAAGCAACACCUAAACCUGACCAGAUGGGAGGACCCAUGAUGAUGAGCCGUGGUAUGCGAGGCGGUCGUGGUGGCCCAAUGAGAGGCGGACGCGGAGGUAGAGGCGGUGGAUAUGGUAACCAAAAUUGGAAUCAAGCUUACAGUGGAUACGGUUACGGCCAAGGUUAUGGUUACGACGGAUACGGUCAAGGCUAUGACUAUUACGGAGGUGGCUACGGUGGUUACGGAAAUUACGACUACAACUACGGUAACUACGACCAGGGAUAUGGUUAUGAUGGAGGAUAUGGUAGCGGUGGUGGUGGACGUAACGUUAAUACACGCGGAAAAGGUGGAGCUGGUGGUGGAUACCAAGGAAGUGGUGGUGGUAGUGGCGGCGCUGGUAAACCGCAAAGGGGAGGUGGACAACGCAACCAAAGGUUCCAACCCUAUCAGAAGUGAUAGGAUAAUAAAUACUAGGAUAGUUUUGUGAUUUAACAUUUUCCGGUUUUAAUAAAUCAUCUCAUUUACAGCCCAAUUUUCCAAUCAUUCCAUUUCAUCGCGGCGCUUGGAAAAUACCGACAACGUACAAAAAAAUAUGUUUGAGUUCAACAUAAAAUGUCGAGAUUUUAUUCACUUUUGUUUCUCAUCUCUUUUGAUAUUUGAUUAGGAAAUGUUCAAAUUAGAAAAAAAAUUGUCUUCGAUAUUGAAUAAUAAUUACGGAGUCAGUCCGAUUUUCUUUUUGUAUUGUAUUUUGAUUUUAUUAUUUAAAUCUAGUAUGAUGUAAACAUAGGCUUAGGUUUAUGUAAUUUGUAUGAGUGGCGGAGGCGUUGUGUACUUCCAUUGUAUGACAAAAUUUAAUAAAUGGUAAAUUUUGUGUAAA